AUAUAGCUAAUAUUUCACAUUCAUUAGUCUAUCGGGGCCAAUUGCAAGCCUAAUAGGCUAAUAGAGCGGGCCUGUGCCAAUCAAAACCCUAGCUCUAGAUUUGUAGUUUAUAUUUUUAAUAAAAGAUAUAUUUGCAGUCAUAAACUCAAAAACCCUAAAAAUCGAGUUUCGUACUGAUUUGAGUGAUUCCCCACUCUUGCCUCUGCGAAUAAAUUUACAUUCAUAGGUGAUAUUUGUGAUGGCGGGAGGGAAGAUGAAGAAAGAUAAGCAAAAAGGGCCGAGAGCCCCCUCCAAUCACUACCAAGGUGGUGUCACUUUCCACAAAUCCAAAGGCCAGCACAUCCUUAAGAACCCUAUGUUGGUCGACGCUAUUGUACAAAAGGCCGGCAUCAAACCCACCGAUACCAUCCUCGAAAUCGGUCCCGGUACUGGUAACCUUACCAAGAAGCUUCUUGAAACCGGUAAAAUGGUCAUCGCCGUCGAACUCGAUCCUCGUAUGGUCCUCGAACUUCAACGCCGCUUUCAAGGCACUCCUUUCUCUAAUCGCUUAAAGGUUAUUCAAGGUGAUGUACUGAAGACGGAUUUGCCCUAUUUUGAUAUAUGUGUGGCGAAUAUUCCGUAUCAAAUAUCUUCUCCUCUUACAUUCAAGUUACUGUUUCAUCAGCCUGCUUUUAGGUGUGCUAUUAUUAUGUUCCAGAGAGAAUUCGCAAUGCGACUCGUUGCUCAGCCUGGUGAUAAUCUUUACUGUCGGCUUUCCGUCAAUACCCAAUUUUAUGCUCGGGUUUUCCAUCUCCUCAAAGUCGGGAAGAACAAUUUCCGGCCUCCACCUAAGGUUGAUUCUUCUGUAGUAAGGAUCGAGCCGAGGAAACCACGCCCUGAAGUGAAUCAUAAGGAGUGGGAUGGGUUUAUAAGGAUUUGUUUCAUAAGGAAGAAUAAGACACUGGGUUCCAUUUUCAAGCAGAAAAACGUACUGUCACUCUUGGAGAAGAACUACAAGACCUUGCAGGCGCUGCAAGGCUCACAAAAUGUUUCUUUGAGUGGGAAUGAUGAUAUGGAGAUUGCAAGACUAGGGGAUGAGAGUAUGGAAAUGGAAGAUGGAAUGGAUGAUGACAUGGAUAUGGAAUGUGAUGAAGCAGAAGGAGAAGGAGAAGUGUCUGAGUUUAAAAAUAAGGUUAUAAGUGUGUUGAAGGAAGGAAAAUUUGAGGAGCAGAGAGCAUCCAAGCUUAGUCAGGAAAGCUUUUUAACCUUACUCUCUAUGUUCAACAAGGCUGGCAUACACUUCUCCUGAUGCAACCAUGCUUUUUCUUUUGAAAGGUUUUGUUCAUCUUCCUUAGGCAGUAGGGGUAUCCAAUUUUGUUUUGGCUUAUUUGUUUUUACCAGGUUAACUUAAUUGAGAAUGUAUUUAUUUUGUUUGUUGGAAAGUAUUAUUAUCUAGCCAAGCUGUACGCAUUACAUGCAUUCAUGCUCUUCUAUGUGCCACUAUUUGACUGGUUAUCUCCUAUGAUGAAUAUGAGAGCGCAGAAGUAGUAUUCAGCUAUGUCACCUGUACUUUAGGUGUGAGUGUGUAUCCAACAUGAAUUAUCUUGAUUGCAUGAAUAUGGGGUCGGAAUUUGUGUUUGACAUGGGUAGGUUCUAGCUUUAUAAUUGCCUACAAAAUUUGUAGAGAUUGUGGUGAUGGAGGCAGUUAACCCCAGGUUAAAGCUUCAGUUGAAUUUUAUACCGUGAACGCAAAAGAGAGUCUAUCUUUCAAUGGAAGAAGGAAGUGCAUAUUGAAGGAAUUCAUUACCAAACACAAUGAUCGCAACCAUGUCCCUGAUGAAUUAGUUGAAUGCUCAUCCCAGGAUGAUGAAGUACCCAAGAAGCCUAAUGUCAAGUCUAAAGAAACAAAGAUGAAUUAGUUAGUACUAAUAUUUGAUUGCUCCAUAGAACCCCAAAAGAGGUAUGGAAUUCUUCUACUUUAUUAACUUCUCCAAUCUCUGGUGUUAUAUAUGAAUCAACCACUUUUAGCGUUGUGUUGGAAAA